ACACCGCACUAAGGAUCAGUCGACAACUCUGUUUCCUCUGCUUCACCAACUUUUGAGGACGGCCCACGUGCGCACUCACACCACCUCUCCCUCUGUGCCCAGUUAUUGAUUCGGGUCGCCGUACCUUGCGACCCAAAAUUUCUCAAAAUUUUCAGCAGCGGCAGCAGCAGUUCUGGCGUAGAGUUCAUGAGCUCAAAUGGGGCAGGGUCUCGGGGAGGCUCAUCCGCAGUGCCAAGCGGUGGCAUGCUACAGCAAAAGGUCAUCGACUCACCGUCUUGGGAUGUGCGCAUGAAGCGUUGCGAAGUGGCCAAGGGAGAGCUGAACGAGCUGGUAAUGAACUACCUGGUCGUUGAGGGCUACCGGGAUGCCGCGGAGCACUUUGUGGAAGAGUCCGGAACCGACGCCAAGGUGGACCUCACUACCAUUGAGGAAAGAGUGGCGAUAAGGAAGGCGAUGAUGCAGGGGAACGUCGUGGAAGCCAUGAAGCUAGCGAACGACCUGGACCCUACCAUGCUGGACAGAGACAGAGAGCUUCGGUUCGGACUGUUGAAACAGCGUCUUCUCGAGCUGGUGCGGCGAGGAGACGCCGACGAGGCCCUUUCCUUCGCGGCAGAACACCUCGCGCCCGAGGGCGCGCAAGACCCGGCGAUUCUGCGGCAGAUUGAGGAGGCGGUCACGCUGCUAGCGUUCGAGGAUGCGACUUCGUCUCCGCUAUCCGGACUCUUGGACAUGGAGCAGCGGCAUGCAGCGGCCGGGCGGCUCAACGCUGCUGUGCUGCAGAGUCAGCAGCAAGAGACGGGGCCGUGGUUGCCUGAUCUGCUCCGACAGCUCGUCUACACACAGAACGCGCUGUCGGAGAGGGUGGAGUUCCCGCGAAUAGAAGGCAUAGGCGGGACCAAGGAGGGGGUCGGGGGGACGCGCAGUACUGGGGAUGGUUCGGCAGAGGGUCCUCGGUGACGUGGUGCAUGCAUGUUUCACGUCUUUGUGGGUGGAACAGAGGUCUUGUAUCCGUUUUCUGUUCGGAUGCCUCUGUGCUGUUUGUUUAUUGUUGCGGUGCAGGAUAAUCUGGGGAAGUGCUGUAUAAUAACUGAAUGGUGUUUACACGGCGCGUGGCCAUUUUCUUGUUGUUUCCAUCCCCAUUUCCUCAGGGUUUGGGAAGGCUACAUGCAGGGUAGGCUUCUGUAUGGUGUGACCGGCUGAAAGCAUGGCGGCGGCGAGGUUCUCAUAUGUAGCGAGAGCCCAUAUUUUGUCGUAUCUGCUGGAGUCAAAACAGCGAGAUGAUACCACGUCCUGAGCCCCCAAAACGACGUUUUUCUAUCUCGUCGUUUGAGGGCUUGAGUGAAAACUGUUUGAAGGAGAACGAACGAAAAGGGCGAGGUGAGAGGCGGACGCGCGACGACCUGCGUACAGUAUGCUGGCGAAAGUAGGCGAAGUGGCUAUUGGUCAACAGGUGCAUAGAGCGGAAUACAAAUUGUCCGCGACCGACCUUUCACCAAACGCACCCGGUGACGGAUGCUACGCCUACAGUAGAAGAACGGGCGCAUAUGAGGAGGCG